AUGCCUCGAUCCCGUCCGAGGCAGAGUGCUGCACGUGCACGGCGGUUUUCAGACUCUCCGUGCCGGCAAAGUCACGGCCCACCUUUGGGCUGCAUGGGCCUCCAUCGCCGUAUUGGCAUCAUACAAAUCCAGAAAGACAAGCUGAAAGACUUGGCAAGCCAGCAGCGUGCGGAACUGGGACGAUUGGAACAGGAGUGCAGCAAGCUCCGGGCGAAGAGGAAUAUUGAACAAGCCAGUCUCGACCUUCAGUCCUACUCUAGGAGUUGUAUAGAGGACUUGACACUUGCAGAGUUGCAGCAAUGCCAAGAGCAGCGCAGGCGACUUCAGGCGGAACUCGACUCCUUCCGGGCUGCUCCAGACCGGCUUCGAAGUAGCCGCCAGGCUGACGCACAGCACGUGACUGCCCGGGAAGCAUGGUUGGCGGAGCAGCGAAGGCUGAAGGAAGAUCUGACAAAUGCUUCUGCCCAUGUGGCCUCUCUGGAGCAAGAGCUGGAGAAAGGAAGAGAGAAAGACACUUUCGAUCGUUUGGCCAGUGUCGAGCGGAGCCGGCAGCUGCGAGAGCAAGUCGCCGAGCAGCGGCAGCUUUGCAGAGCGGCGCAGCAAGCCCUCAGAGCUGCAGAGACUGAUCUGGCCGCUGCGCAAGCUCAAAGGCGGACACCACGUCAGACGGCCAUGCCGGAUGUGGGUCGUGUUGCCGAACUGAAG